AUGCAUAUUCAUCAAGAAAAAAAUUCAAUGAACAAGUCAACAUCGACUGUAAAUAAAGAGGUGCAACAAACACAACAACAACAACAUACUAGAGUAAUAAUGGAAUAUCAAUAUGGACAAAACACUCAUUAUUUUGGACUUCAACAUUUACAGAAGCCAUUACAAGGAAAAGAAUUAUUUGGAGAAUUAGAAGACGAAUUAUGGAAUGAGUUAGAAAAACUCGAACAACAUGAAGAACAACAAAAAGAAAAGAAAAGACAAUGGGAACAACAUUGUUUAGAUUUAUUUGAAUCUUAUGAAGAAUUGAAUGAAGAUAAUAUGGAACCUCAAAGACAAAACACUCCAGUGGAAAAUAUGGACGACGAUGAUCAAUGUAAUAUAGAGCCAUCUACCGUUCAACAUGUUGAAAAAAUUAAUUCAGAUGUCAGUCUUGGACAACCUGCUUUUAUUCAAGCAUUUGAACGUUUUGGUGUAUAUGAACAAUAA